AUGGAGCUGAAGCUCGUGUACCGGGGACUCCGUCAAAUAUCGGACUGGGCUCUGCGUUACUAUUCCGAGGUCUAUGUUGACGGCCAAGAGAAUGUGCCGACCGACGGGCCUCUCAUUCUAACGUCAUGCCACCAUAAUGAGAUCCUGGAUAUCGCCACACUCUCGGUGACGAUACCCCACGGGCGGCCCGUGAGUUUCUGGGCGAAGUCGACGAUGUUCAAGAACCCGCUCGUGCGCGCCGUCCUCCUGUCUUCGGGCAGCAUCCCCGUGGCGCGUAACCCCAACGCCGCCGCCCUUCCCUCCGAGCACCCGAAUGGCAACGGCAACGGCAACGGAGCAGGCAACGAAAAGACGAGCGCGAACGCUGCGCUGUUCAAGGAGACAUUCAGGGCGCUCGCGCGGGGCGAGGCCAUCGGGGUCUUCCCGGAGGGCACGAGCUACACGGAGCCGAGCAUUGUGCAGGUGAAGGACGGGGCGAGCCGCGCGGCGCUCGAGUACGUGAAGUGGGCGAAGGAGACGAAGGGCGGGCAGGGGAAGAGGUUGAAGAUCGUGCCCGUGGGGAUCGUCUGGACGGACAAGACGCAGUUCCAGAGCAGGGUUUGCGUGAGGUGGGGAGAAGCCAUUGAUGUCGAGGCGUUUGCGGCGGAGCACGCAUCCAAGGGGGACGCUGGCAAUGACGAGCCCGACUCGCGGGAUGCCGUCAAGGCGUUGACCGCUGAGAUAGAGAAACGCUUGCUGGGCCUGACGAUCAAUGCUCCAGACUGGGAUACCCUGUAUGCGACUAUCACGGCGAGAGACAUCUUAUGGGCCGACGAUGAGCUUCCGUCUUCUCAUUUCGUUUGGAUCUCCCAAAACCUCAUCGACCAGUUCUCCGACCCCCACGCCGCGUCCUCGUCAGUGAAGGCGAAACAGGCUCUCCUUAGAUAUCACUCCCUCCUGUACCACUCCAACGUCUCUCAUGACGCUCUCAACGCUCUCCUCCCCGACAUCAAUACGCGCCCCGGCCGCCUCCACGCCCUCGCUAUCGUCCUCCGACAGCUGCUCGUCAGCGUCCUCCACCCGCGCUUCGCCCUCUCCCUUCCCGUGCUCGUCCUCCACAUCCCGGCGUAUGCCACGGGGCUGCUCGCCGGGCGCAUCCUCGGCAAGGCGGACGAAGAGGAGACCAAGGCGCAAUUCAAGGCCGUCUUCGGCGGUCUCGCCGCCGCCGGGGCGUACGCUGCGGUGACCCGGGCAAUAGCACAUGGGCUAGUUGCAGACUCUGUUGGCCCUCUUGCGAGGUUCGGCGACAAGGUGCCGAGGAUCCUUCUUCCCGCUCUACGGUCGCUGUGGACGGCGGGGCGCUGGUUCUUCACUGGGGAGGAAGGGCUGUUUGGGAAGGCCAAGGCCGCGCUUGGCGUCUUCGGCAUCUUCUACGUGACGAGUUUCGCCCUCUCUCGUUGGCACAACUACUGGGUCGGCUCGAACUACAAACAAUUCAAGCGGCUGCUCACGUCGUUCAAGCUGUUCCUUGGAGUCCUGUCGCCCAAGUCGAGUGCUCUGACGGGCGCCAAGCUAGAGCCGUAUACCAAGCCGUACAUCCCCCCACCAAACCCCUACAUCAAGCAACGUGCAGGCACGGCUGAGCCCUUGCCUCGACCCCACCCGCCAUCCACCGCUUCACGGAGGCUCAUCCGCCCCCUGCUCGACGCGCGUGCAGAUGCCACGCGUGCGAUGUGGACGUUCAUGAUCGACUCCAAGUACCUGCACGGGCUUGUGUCCGCGAAGGUGCGAGGCGAGGCGUGGAUGCAGGUUGGGCCUGCAAAGAGGCACGAGUUCCAGCCGUAGGAUUCAGUAAGCGUCGUUGCUAUGAUUGAUUCGUAAUACAGCAUCCAGUGAUUGUACGUGAGCGUAUGCGUGUGCGUGAAUUCGUAAGUUAUCCGUUGACACGGACGGAGUAAUGGUUAUAAACGUAAGCGUGGUAUUGGUACCGUGACGUCCUCCAGAGAGAAAGAGACCUAGCAGGGCUGAGGGAUAACGUAUGGCAAGGGCGAGAUAGUAAGUGCAAAUAAGUCAAUGAGGACAGGGCGAUAUGACGUGCCAGAUAUAGCGUACUCUUGGGGAGGGUAAUCGAGGAUCCAGGAGAACCGUGAGCGAACCCGAAUGAUUACAGGAAUACACGAAAGAGUUACAGGGAUGGGUAUUACGAUGUAGCAACAUGGGCAGCGUCGACUACAACAACAACACGGGAAGUCUAGUACGUAGAGUGCGGGAUACCAACAAUUUCAGCACGAGAGCUGUGAGAGACGUUGUAGGAUAGCAAGGGGAGCAACCAGAGAGACGACGAUAGAAUAUGAGUAAAGCGACACGAGCGAGACCAAACGAGAUUAUGCACAACAUGAAGAGUACGAGGAGAGAACCAAAGGGGAAACAUAAAGGAGUAUCUGGGUUACAUCGAACGCAUAUAAUGUUACACACCGGGUUUUCAAUGCGAAUGAGACAGAGUGUCACAAGGACGUCUAGUGGCCGCCCCUGGCAUUCCAGGUGCCGCCAAUGAGCUGGCUUGCACGGCGGCCAUUGACAGGACGUGGGGCGUGAAUACCCGCAGCCUGUUCUCCGCUCCCGGUGACAGCAGAGGAUGUGCUUGGGGCUUCAAAAGUGAGGCCAAGGCCAUCGCCGUUCGACUGGAGAGAACGAGGGAUGGACUCCUGGCUGGGAGGGGGGCGAGACUCAGAAACGUAAGGACCGCGAGAAGAUCCGUAUGACUGCAUGUCCGAAGGCAUGGGCGUCCACGUCGCGACGUGCUCAGGUGCCCCAUUCAGCAGAGACGCGUUAGACGCACGGCGAGCCUUGCGGUUGUCAGAUGACGAACGAUGCGAGGCCGAGGUGUGCGCGCUGUAGGAGCUGUGGUGACUAUGCGAACUUUGGUGGCUGUAGGUGCUCUCGGCAUGCGAGCGAGUGGAGGCGCCACUGCGAGGGCGGGAGUCGGCCGGAGGGGAUUGAUCAUCUGGCGAGGGACCGCUGGAAGCAUUGUUGCUCGAGGGUUGCGACGGCCUCGAGCUGUAGAGCGCGAGACCGGUGCGCGAGCCGACCAUGACCCCAGACUCAUCUCGAGACAACGAAGAGUGUCCGGAGGGCUGACGCGAGUGAUGGCGAGACGACUCCCGCGAUUGCGACUCGGCCAGCUGCUGCAACGACCUGUUGACCUCCUCGAGAUCCUGGAGGCUGCCGACCACACGGGAGCUACCGGAGCUUGGGUUCAAGAGAAGCCCCGCCGGGGCGCUCGCACCCGCAUGGUGAUCACGCGAGGCGAUGGACCUGCCAGAAACUGAGCGAUCGUCAUCGAGAAUUGAGGAUCCCUGCCUUGGGGUAAUGGUGUCAGUAAGGACGAUGGGCCCCCCAUUCAGCUCCCCGAUCGGUAACUGCUCCAGGGACUCGGCACGAGUGUACGGGUUGGGAUCUCUGAAGUUGUUCAGCUGGAGGUCACCAAGGCUAUUGUUCCGGGACUCCAUGGUGCCCCAGGAGGAUGCAGCUGAUGGAGUGGCCGGUGGCUCUCCGGAUGUCUGGGGAGCCGGAGGCAUAGGCAGGGACGUCAGAUUGAGACCAAGAGAUUCGGCAUUGCUCGCAGCCCUGCGUCGUCCAGAAGAAGUGCGCAAUGUGCUUGAGGGAGCAGUAAGGAUAGGCAUCCCGCUAAGGGACGUGCUCGAACUAUUAGCCGAAGCAGGAGCCGCACGGUCAGACGACGACGGCGGGUUGCGGAAGAGGGUCGACGCUGCGGUGGACGAUUCCAGCAAGGCGUUGUACUGGCCUUGCUGGACUGCGCUCCUACUAGAGCUCGCCAUGGGAGCCUCCGGCAUGCCUGAUAGCUGUAACGGGUUGUGAGCGGAGGUGCCUCCAUCCCGCCUCCAAUCGUCGUCGACUUCCGACAGCUCUUUUGCUAUCACAUAGGGAUACCGACUCUCGGUACCCCGAGCGCGGACAGGGAGCUUCGCAGCCUCUUCUUCCCGGAUCCAGCCGAUACCGCCCAUGUGAGGGAGGUAAGCCUUGACGUAGCCCUCCUUGUUAGCAGGGCCCUGACGCAGCGCAUGCCGGUCCCGUCCGUCAAUGGGUGGAUCAGGGGCGGUGAUACGAACACGGGCUGACCCUGUCUCAGCAGCAGGGCGGGCCGCCAGAGUGGGCUGCAUCAUGGGAGGUGGGGGAAUUACCGGAGG